AGAAAGUAACUAGACUGUUUUUACUACUGCGAUAUUCUCCCAGAUCAACAUUCCAUUCACUUUCUUUUUUCGGUCACUAUCAACAUAUUUUGGGGUUUAUAACCCUCAGCAUCAAAGCUAAACCUCAGAAGAUGGUUUUGUUGUGAAACGAUCACACAAGGUUAGGCUACUGGGAAUAUCUCUAUUUAUUCUUCAAAUAUAAUAUUUAUUAUUUUAGCUAUUACUAUUUGGAUUAUUACUCUUUCAACACAAAAUUUCCGAGAUCUAAAGAUGGACUCGUUUUUGAACACCACGGAUAACUACCUUUCCGUUAACGCCACUAACGGCUCCGGUUUGAACGAAACAGAGGGAUAUAACCAGUUCGUGCAGCCGAUCUGGCAGAUCGCUCUCUGGGCCAUAGCCUACUGCAGCAUGGUGUGCGUCUCGGUGAUCGGUAACCUGGUGGUCAUCUGGAUCAUCCUCGCGCACAAACGCAUGAGGACCGUGACUAACUACUUCCUGGUGAACCUAGCCUUUGCAGAGGCAUCUAUGUCUGCCUUCAACACAGUGAUAAACUUUGCAUACAGCAUCCAUAACGAGUGGUACUUUGGUUUGGGCUACUGUCGAUUCCAUAACUUCUUCCCCAUUGCAGCAGUCUUCACCAGCAUAUACUCCAUGACCGCCAUAGCACUGGAAAGGUACAUGGCUAUCAUCCACCCCCUGAGGCAGAGGUUGUCUUCAGCAGAGACCCGUGUAGUGAUCGGAGGGAUCUGGGUGUUAGCUCUACUAUUGGCCUUCCCCCAGUACUACUACUCAGCUACUGACCAGCUGCCUGGUAGGACUGUUUGUUACAUCCAAUGGCCUGAAUACACCAAUGACACAACCAUGGACUUCAAAAAGAUGUACUCUGUGUCUGUGGUGUUGCUGUACUACUUCCUGCCGCUGUGCAUUAUGGGAUGUGCCUACCUGGUGGUGGGCUCGUCCCUGUGGGCGGGGACUAUCCCUGGAGACUCCACCCACCGUUACAGAGAGCAGCUAAUCGCCAAACGCAAGGUUGUGAAGAUGAUGAUCGUGGUGGUGUGUACGUUUGCAGUGUGCUGGCUGCCUUACCACAUCUACUUCCUGCUCCAGCAGUUCCACCCUGACCCCAUGCAGCUGUUUGAGUGGCGCUACAUCCAGCAGGUCUACCUGGCUGUUCUGUGGUUGGCCAUGAGCUCCACCAUGUACAACCCUAUCAUCUACUGCUGUCUCAAUGACAGAUUCAGGGCAGGCUUUCAGCAGGUGUUCUGUUGGUGUCCGUGUGUUCCUGCCGCCUCCUACGAGGGACUGGAACUCAAGUCCACCCGCUACCUACAGACCCAGAUGAGUGUGUACCGGGCCAGCCGGAUGGAGACCAGUAUGUCAACAGUUCUGCAGCCCACUGAGGAGGAGCGCUGUGGGGCAGAGCAGCCAGCCAGCCCCCCUAUCACCCAGACAACCAUGGAGCUCACCUCCACCUCCAACGGCUCAGCCUCACGAUCAGCCCUCAACCCCACCGACAGCCCUGCUUACUACGGCAGACAUAACAUGGACUAGUGGCCUAACAAACGCCUAACUGGAUUAGUCGUGGUUUCAUCUCACUUAACCCAGAACUAAAAUGUUACAUCAUUUGGUCAGCUGCUCGAUUAGGUUCUAGGGGGAAGUGUGUUAGAAAUGGAGAUUUCCGUUUUGUCUCCACUCUCACAAAAGGAAAAUCUCAGUCAAUCCCUCCCACCCCCUUCUGAUAUUUUCACCGGUGGUUAUCUUCCGCCGAAGUAAAGCAGUUUAAGCCCCGCCUUCACCCAAUCCUGAUAUGUCCAAAUAAACAGUGAUGAAAACCCAAACCUCAGAACUAAUGCUGCUCGUAUCCCAUAUUAUGCCGACAGGUGUACUGUACCAGUUAUGUUUACUGUAGGUACUGUCCACGGGAGAUUAUACGUGGUUUAGUGCACUAUAGCCUGGGCUAGUGCUCUAUUCUCACACAUUCUAAUGCCGACACAACAUCGGCUAGGGCUGCCUCAAUUCGUUGGGGGAUGGACUCUACAAGGUGUCGAAAACAUUCCACAGGGAUGCUGGCCCAU